AUGGAGUAUAUACGGUCUAGAAGUAUGGGGACUAGAGUCUACGUUUACCGAUGGUUAAAUAAUGCUGCUGCGCGCAAAGCGGCGGAUUCGAAGGAUCUGAAGUCUUUGCCGGAAAUUAAAACGAAACCAGAAUGGACGAAAAAGAUACAUCCAGGCGUGUCUUCAUUUGCCGACAAGCCGGAGGAUGUUGGAUCGCAACAUCUCGCCGAACUUUUGGAACAUGCUCAGAAAAUCGUACCUAGCGAUGCGAUCAAGGACACUCCGAUCUUCCUUCUUGCGACUGCGGGAAUGCGGCUACUGGGUGACGUGGAAAGGAAUCUACUCUUAGGUGAAAUUUGUUCCUAUGCGCGUGCCAAUACCGACUUCUUACUUCCCGAUUGCGACGUCCACAUUCAAGUGAUUCCUGGAGUGACCGAAGGGCUUUUUAAUGCACCAGAACACCAUGACCAUGGCAAAGGCCACCAUACAUAUGGUUUCUUGGACAUGGGCGGGGCCUCGGCCCAGAUCGCAUUCGCCCCGAAUUCGACGGAAACGGAAAAGCACGCCAAUGACUUGACGCUGUUGCGCCUGCGCAAUGUAGACGGAUCGACGCAAGAGCAUAAAGUUUUUGUUACAUCGUGGCUCGAAUUCGGCGUACAUGAGGCGCGAAGGCGUUAUUUGGAGUCUAUGCAAGCAGCCAGUGCGGUGGAUAGCGCAAAGGAACUUCCCGAUCCCUGUCUUCCCAGUGGCCUCCGAACUGCGUUUGAUGGCAAGCCCCUAGCAUCGGGACAAGAAGGUGGGAUGCAGCUUCUUGGAACAGGGAAAUUCGACGAAUGCUUGCGACAGACUUAUCCUUUGUUAGACAAGGAUGCUCCCUGCCUAGAUCAGCCCUGUCUCCUCCAUGGCACCCACGCUCCCGCCAUUGAUUUUGACGUCAACCAUUUCAUCGGCAUCAGCGAGUAUUGGCAUACGACGCACGACGUAUUUGAAAUGGGUCAUAAGGACAAGGCGUACGAUUUCAACGCUUACCAGCAGCGUGUGGAAUCGUUUUGCUCGCAGGACUGGGAAACUAUAUCGAAAGGUAUCGACGAGCAUAAAUGGAAAAAGCUCAAUCAUGAGAAGGCUUUUGAGAUUUGCUUCAAGGCUUCCUGGAUUAUCAAUGUUCUGCACAGUGGCAUUGGGGUUCCUCGUGUGGGGCUGGAGGAAACAAUAGGCUCCGGCCACAACGGCACGAAGGAGGUGAUUUCACAUGUGCAAAGCAAAGGCUUCCUCGAUCCCUUCCAGGCAGUGAACAAAAUCGAUUCUACCGAAGUCAGCUGGACCCUAGGCAAAAUGGUGUUGUACGCGUCUUCCCAGGUUCCGGUGGAGAUCGAGGAGAAGACCCUCCCCGUUGGAUUCGGUAGCAAUGUUGCCGGCAUUCCUAACGAUUUCCAAUAUCCUAGCACUGAGCUACUGCCAAAGCCUGAGGGCCUGCAUGGUGCGGAUUGGCACGAUGCUCUUCUUCACGCGAGAUCGUCCCGCAGAGUCCCAGGGCUUGUGCUUUUCCUACUCAUAAUCAUCGUGGCGAUGUUCUUCCUUUGUGGACGAAGUCGUCGGUCGAGAAUGUGCCACAAGAUCAGCAACUUAUUCUAUGGAGGACGGUCGCACCCGAGUUACCCCAAAAAGCGGAAGUUCUUCGGUGGCAAGUUUCCAUUCUUUGGCCCUAAGAGCCCCUCGUAUGAGCGUGUUCUUGAGGACGGCGCCCAUGAACUUGACCUGGGUGGGAUAGUUUCUGGACGGAGUUCGCUGGAUGUUGGCCGCUUGUCUGAUGCUGAUUCAGCGAGCUUCCAGCCACCUAAGCGAGCUUCAAGUUGGAGCAGCAGCAACACACCUAGUCUAAAAUUCGGGCUGGAUAAUUCCUCAUCCGGCACUAUCGGGCUUGGAAUCACCGCUGGCUCCGGGAUUAACGCAAUGGAUCGCGCGGGCCUAGUGGUGAGAACUGAAAGCAGGGACCACCUAGCUCCUAUAGCACUGGGCCCGACAUCUAAUGGCCGGCGGUCCAGGACAGGCAGCCCGUCGAGAUCCCAUCCACAUAGAUCACCCAUCAUGACGCCGCUGUCACAUGAUGAUUGA